CCUUAUAAAAUCGUCGGCCUUGUCUCAUCUGAAUCAGUUCAUCUUUCACUUCCAUAUAUGUGACAUUUUUAAAAUGCUGGGUAAACUCUACGUUGUUCUAGCCGCAGCUACAGUAGCAAACUGCGGAUUUUUAAACGGAGACAUACAUGGCGACCUCAGUCCUCCAUCUGCUGGUCUGCAGUUCAGCACUGGAUAUGGAGAUGGCGCACCCAGCAUUCCUUUGGGUGCCAACCUACAACCAGCAAUUGAAUCACAUGGAGUAGAAUCGUACUCAUCCUCCGGUUCAUUAGGUGGCGGCUUUGAAGCCCAUUCUGUUCCCGCUCCAUCAGUUAUCGAAGGCCCUGCUAUAAGUAGUGGAUAUUCAUCAAUUGGAGGAUAUGCAUCAGGUGGAGGAUAUGCAUCAGGUGCUGGAUAUGCAUCCGGUGUUGGAUAUGCAUCCAGUGGAGGAGUGGCAUCAGGUGUUGAUUACGCAUCCAGUGGAGGAGUGUCAUCAGGCGGCGGAUAUGCAGUAGGAGGCGGUUUUGCCUCAAAUAGCGGAUUCGGAGCUGGUUCGGGAAUAGUAGGAGGCGGGGGAGCAUUUGCUAGUGGGCCAAUCGUCUCAGGAAAUGCAAUUGUGGGUGGCGCUGCCAUAGGAAUAUCUGGUGGUGGAGAUCUUCAAAACCAUGGUCCACUAAACGAUGCUGGUACUACUUAUGAUCAUCGGUACGAACGAGUCCUCGUACCACAACCCGUUCCAGUUCCAGUCAACGUGGACAGACCAUAUCCCGUUCCAGUACCAGUACCCAGACACGUAGACGUUCCUCGACCUGUAAGAGUAGAAGUACCCACUCCAGUGCAAGUUGAAGUGAGAAGACCAGUACCGGUUCCAGUACCCCGACAAGUGCCCGUUCCAGUAAAAACUCCAGUUUACCACAAAAUCCCCACACCCGUACACGUUAGAGUUCCAAGGCCUUAUCCCGUGGUGAUUGCCAGACCAUACCCAGUUCAUGUGCCUGUUAAGGUUGCAGUUAAAAUACCGGUGCCGGUAGGAGUCCACUCAACUGGACCAGUUGGAGUGCACGCUCAAGGUGGAUACGUUACUUUGAGGAAUCAAGGGCAUGGAGGCUGGUCUAAUGGCUGGUCUAGCGGCGGCGGAUGGUAAUGCGCUCAAUUUUUCAAGACAUCCAUUUUUGUUACCUGUUCUAGUCUGACUUAGUUUCAUAGUUUUUGUUGAGUUUGUUUGUUAUGAAAUUGCUUAAUACACUUUAUUGAAAUACA